AUGUCGAUCAGUCCAGGUAAUGGUACCUUCAUUAGAAGCGAUUCACCACAUACUGUACCAUCGAGUGGGCAACCGUCUUCAGAUCGCGUGUCGUAUUUAAAGCUGAAAACAAUGUCAGUCUUUAAUCGACUUGAGCAUACAGCAGCGGAGAUGAACACCGAAAUGCUACAAGGCAUGGAUGAGUACGGGUUGGCAGCAAUCAUGGAAUCAGUGGGAGAUUUGAAAGCAACAUUCACCGCCGCUCACACCAGUUUGGAGGAAAUGGACUUUGAGUCUAUUGCCAGUGACCUGCCCUGCAAAUUCGAUGCUACAUUGGUGAAACUUAAGGCGAACCUGCAACGAGAGAUUGGGAGACGUAGCACAGGUCAGCACUGCUCAACAUUCAGAGCGAACACUGGUGACUCGCAGUCGAUCAUCGUGAAUGCCAAUCGUUCUCGCUUGCCUUUGCUAAUGCUACCUAAAUUUAGUGGCGCGUAUACCGAGUGGAGCAACUUUUUCUCGAUGUUCACCUCCGUCAUUGACAAGGAUGGCGACCUGACGCAAAGCGAUAAGCUGCAAUACCUGCGUUCCUGCUUGAGUGGUGCUGCUUUGGAUACUAUCCAAUCUCUGGAGAUAAAUGAAACGAAUUAUAAAAAUGCAUUAGAUUUACUCAAAAAACGUUUUGAUAACAAGCGAAUUAUAUUUCAGGCACACAUCAGACAGAUCUUUGGGCUGGACAGGGCAGAUGCAUCCGCAAGCAAGUUGCGGGAGUUGACGGACAAGGUUACAUCACACAUACGCGCGUUGCAAUCGCUUGGAUCACAAGAACAAAUCGCUGACUGCAUUAUAGUUGAACUACUAAUCCAGAAGUUGGACAAGGCUACUCAAUCCAAGUGGGAAGAAAAUUCAUCAAGCAACGAACUGCCGUCGUGGGAUCAGUUAGCUGCAUUUUUGGAAAAGCGGUGUCGUACCCUCGAAAAUGUGGAGCAUGCCAUACAAACCCAAACGGAUCAAGUUGACAGAAACGGUAAAACUGUAAGUACAAAUAAAAGAAAAUCAUUUGUCGUUUCGAAUGCCUCAGUAGGUGGUUGCGCGUUUUGUCGGUGCCCUGAUCAUAGAAUUUACCACUGUCAGCAAUUUUCCACUCUUUCUCCAAAUCUUCGCCAAAAGGAAGCCAAGAAGCUCUCGCUUUGCCUUAACUGUCUAAAGGGUGGCCAUCAAAUGAGAGAUUGCAAAUCUGGACCCUGUAGAGCUUGUCAAUUGAAACACCAUACGCUUUUGCAUUUUGACCGCACAUCUUCUGCUUCAACUUCUAUAUCAGGCCCAGUCACGCAACCACCCACAUUGAAAUCAAACACCAUAGCUGCAACAUCAUCUGUCCCUGGCCAUGCCCUCACUUCGAGAUCUCCAUCUGAUGCUGUGCUUCUAGCCACUGCAGUCAUUUUUGUCAAAAAUCGUGCUGGUACCUUCGUGCCAUGUCGGGCGCUUUUGGAUUCGGGUUCCCAGCUUCACUUUAUUACAAAUCGUUUUACUAAUCAAUUACAACUUCGUAGGACCAAAUAUUCGGCGGCAGUUUCGGGCAUCGGGGAUGCCAACCUGUCAACUGAAGGCUAUUCGGUCAAAGUCGUACUGAAGUCGCGGACUUCAGAUUUCUCAACGCACAUCACUUCCGUCGUUGUUCAAACAAUCACUGACAAUCAGCCUGGUUUUUCAGUGAGCAUCGCGGACUGGAACGUCCCUUCGAACAUCCAACUAGCUGAUCCCAAUUUCAACAUACCUCAGCGUAUUGACUUGCUUAUCGGAGCAGGACUAUUUUUCGAACUUCUCUGCGUUGGGCAGAUACAGUUGGCGCCCGGAUUUCCAGUUCUUCAAAAAACUCUUCUCGGUUGGGUGAUAUCAGGUGGUGGUCAACAGACUUCUAAGCUUUCGUCAUUUGUGGCCAAUCAAAGGUCUUCGAGAGACAUCGACUCUGAUACCCGACGAGACGAUUUGGUACGUCGCUUCUGGGAAGUAGAUCACGUUUUUGAGCCAAUCACUAAAACAGCAAGGGAGGAGCUCGACUGCAAGGCGCAUUUUCAGCAAAAUGUUUCGCGUUUACCUUCAGGCGAGUACUCGGUUCGCUUACCUUGGAAACUCGGCACAGAAUCAUACACACAAGCAAAGCGACGAUUUGAGAGCCUUGAGCGCAAGGAAGAUAGCUCCACAACAAAGCUCAGGGUCGUUUUUGAUGGUUCUGCUGUCACAACUUCGGGCCUCUCAUUAAACGAGAUUCUAAUGGCGAGGCCGACCAUACAACCCAAACUUUUUGAUAUUCUUAUUCGCUUUCGUACGUUUCCCGUUGCACUUAUUGGAGACAUUUGUAAGAUGUAUCGUUGCGUUCGCGUAUCUGCAGCCGAUAACAUUUUCCAGUGCAUUUUGUGGCGAGACCUUCAUCACAUUUCUGAUGCAGAAAGGGAUACCUUCCUUAAAUUCGAUGACGCGCGACACCUUAGAGGCACCAGAAAUUCUAAACGGUCUGCACUAUCAACAAUAGCUCGAAAACCUUUUGAGCACAUCAUGGCUGAUUUGCCUAAGAAGAAAUGUUAUAUCAGCGUCUUCAUCUGUUUCGCAACCAAGGCCGUAUGGAGAGAGCUAGUGAAGGACCUUCCAACAGGUGCUUUUUUGGAAGCUCUCAAGCUAUUUACGACAACACGCGCCAUGCCAAGCUGUAUUUGGUCAGACAACGCAACCAAUUUCGUAGGCGCUAAGAACGAGUUGAGAGACCUAAAACGCCUACUCCUAAGCCAAGAGCACCGCAGUAAGGUUCACGUUCACUACCUCAACAAUGGUUUUGACUUGCGAUUCAUACCACCUCGUUCACCACAUUUCGGCGACUUGUGCGAAGCCGCAGUAAAAAUGGCUAAACAGCACCUGUACCGCACUCUUGGCUCUGCAAUUCUUGGUUUCGAUGAACUGCAAAAUCCAGAAGACCUUGAUGUUUUAACUCCAGGUCAUUUUCUUAUUGGCGGCCCGCUUACAGCUGCUCCUGAGCCUAACAUCACGCAUUUGAAUUACAACCCACUCGGUCACUGGCAGCGUGCCACAUACUUCUAA